AUGGUGGACGAGAAGGUACUUUUGAAAGUCUUGGCAAUGAAGUGUAUUAUAAGGUUCGAAAAAAGGGGCAAGUUGAGUCCGAGGUUCAUCGGUCCAUUCGAGGUGUUGGAACAAGUUGGUGAGGUUGCAUACACGCUUGCUUUACCUCCUAGUAUAUCAGGAGUUCAUCCGGUAUUUCAUGGAUCUAUGCUCCGAAGGUACCAUACUGAUAGGUCCCAUGUGUUGGAUUACAAUGCAGCUCAUCUAGAUGAGAGCUUGGGUUAUGAGGAGGAACCAGUUGUCAUUGUUGACAAGCAGGAAGAGCUGGCAGGUGUUAAGACUUCGCGAACGUGGCUGGGUAACCGCAAACACAGAGGGCUAGAGGUAGAAGACAUCUCGAACAAGACCUGGGGUACUGAGAUAGGUAUUUCUCGUGGUCACUCUGGCGCGUUGCCACACUUGCUGGAGACCUUGUGUUGA